AUGACUGUUUCAAAACUUUUAAGAGAAAGAGUCAAACAUAUUCCUUACCUAUCAAGGGUUAAAGAAGCUCAUGAAUUGGUUCCAUUGUUUCAAAAUGGUCAAUACAUCGGUUGGUCAGGUUUCACAGGUGUAGGUGCUCCAAAGGCUGUCCCUGAAGCUAUUGCUGAACAUGUUGAAAAGAAUAAUUUGCAAGGUCAACUAAGGUUUAAUCUAUUCGUUGGUGCUUCUGCGGGUCCAGAAGAAUGUCGUUGGGCUGAAAAUGAUAUGAUUAUAAGGAGAGCUCCUCAUCAAGUUGGUAAACCAAUUGCAAAAGCUAUUAAUUCAGGUAAAAUCAAUUUCUUUGAUAAACAUUUAUCUAUGUUCCCUCAAGAUUUAACUUAUGGUUUUUAUACAAAGGAGAGAACCGAUGGUAAAAUCUUAGAUUAUACUAUUAUUGAAGCCACUGCUAUCAAGGAAGAUGGUUCUAUUGUUCCAGGUCCUGCUGUGGGUGGCUCCCCAGAAUUCUUAUCCGUUAGUGAUAAGAUUAUAGUUGAAGUUAAUACAAAGACUCCAUCUUUCCAAGGUUUACAUGACAUUGAUAUGCCAAGUCUGCCACCUUACAGAAAACCAUAUCCAUAUUGUAGAGUCGAUGAUAAAUCUGGCUUGGAUGCUAUUCCUGUUGAUCCAGAUAGAGUUGUCGCUAUUGUUGAAACUCAUGAAAAUGACAAAGUCCCACCAAACACCCCAUCAGAUGAAAUGUCUAGAGCUAUUGCUUCUCAUUUAGUUGAAUUCUUCAGACAUGAAGUCAAUCAAGGUAGAUUACCAGACAAUCUAUUGCCAUUGCAAAGUGGUAUCGGUAACAUCGCCAAUGCUGUUAUUGAAGGUUUGACCGAUGCUAAUUUCAAGCAUUUGAAUGUAUGGACUGAAGUUUUGCAAGAUUCUUUCUUGGAUUUAUUUGACAACGGUUCUUUAGAUUAUGCCACUGCCACUUCCAUUAGAUUAACUGAGAAUGGUUUUGACAGAGUGUUCAGUAACUGGGAUAACUUCAAACACAAGAUUUGUUUAAGAUCUCAAGUAGUCUCCAACAAUCCAGAGAUUAUUCGUCGUUUGGGUGUCAUUGCUAUGAACACUCCUGUAGAAGUUGAUAUUUAUGCUCAUGCUAAUUCCACAAAUGUCAGUGGGUCAAGAAUGUUGAAUGGUUUAGGUGGUUCUGCCGAUUUCUUAAGAAACGCUAAGUUAUCUAUUAUGCACGCACCAUCCGCCAGACCAACUAAAGUUGAUCCAACAGGUAUUUCUACCAUUGUUCCAAUGGCCUCACAUGUUGACCAAACCGAGCACGAUUUAGAUAUUAUUGUUACUGAUCAAGGUCUAGCAGAUCUAAGAGGAAUGUCUCCAAAGGAAAGAGCACAUGCCAUUAUCGACAACUGUGCUCACCCAGAUUACAGAGAUCUAUUAAAUGAUUACUUAUCACAAUCUGAACACUAUGCUGCCAAACAUGGUUGUCUACAUGAACCACAUAUGUUAAGAAAUGCAUUGAAAUUCCACACAAACUUAGCAGAAAAGGGUACAAUGAAGGUUGACUCAUGGGAUAUUGUUGAUUAA